AUGGCUGAGCACCUCGCGCGAAUCAUCGGAACAGAAGAGGACAGGAUCAACUGCCCCUUUUACUGGAAAAUCGGCGCCUGUCGGCAUGGGGACCAGUGUAGUCGAACACAUUACAAGCCGACUGCGAGUCAGACCUUAAUUUUGCGGCACAUGUAUGAGAAUCCGCCAAGUGCGUUGGCUAUUUCGGAAGGGCAGGAUGUGGAUGAUGAUGCGGCAGACGAAGCGCAAGACCAUUUCGAGGCGUUUUACUUCGAGGUGUGGACGGAGCUGGCUCAGUAUGGUGAGUUGGAAGACAUAAUAGUAUGCGAUAAUAUCGGCGAUCACAUGAUAGGGAAUUUGUAUGUAAAAUUCACGACGGAAGAAUAUGCGGACAAUUGCCUCAAGAGAUUGCGAGGUCGGUCCUACGCGGAAAAGUUAAUAGAGGUGGAAUUCUCUCCCGUCACGGAUUUCCGGGAGUCUCGUUGUCGACAAUUUGUGGAAGGCUGUUGCACACGGGGAGGCUAUUGUAAUUUCAUGCACCUCAAACAUGUUCCCAGGUCGCUCCGCCGGAAACUACUUAAAACCAUGUACGAUGAACACGCAGACUACAACAUAAACAGAGACAAAGACUGGAACAUCUCCACCAGCCGACCUCCUCUAUCACAACUAGGUGGGAACGGUGGCGCCGCAGGAGGAGCAGGCGGAGGAGGAGAUUACUAUCGGAGGGGCUACGACCGAAGGAAAAGGGAUUACUACUCCUCUAGAUCCUACCGAGACGAUCACAGAGACUACAGAGAAAGAGAUUACAGAGACAGAGACUACGGUCAGGAUAAUGGACAGUGGUGA